AUGGAAAGCGACAAUUACAUCACUAGCGCUCAGCGCAAAUGUCUCCUCCUUUCUCUCCCUCUCGAACUGCGUUGUAAGAUCUACAUCAAGGUCUUCGAGGGUUCCGAGUUCAUCUACGUCUCCUUUUACAGCUACAACCACAACCCUGUCCGUCCCGAGGGCUUCAACGCGACCCCAGAGCACAGCAUCCUCCUCACCUGCCGCCAAAUCUACGAGGAGGCCCGCUCCAUGUACUGGGCCGAGUCCCUCGUCGACUCUGGUGGCCAGAGCAUCGACGUCAUGUCUCGCUUGCUGGACCCCUUUGCCAAGGCGCACGUUGGACACCUGAGAGGCGUUUUGGGCGACGUACGUCGCGAUCCACGACCUGACCGUUUCCUUGUCGAGUUCCCGCGCCUCAAGACGAUUCGACUGUCCAACGCCUUUGUGACGCAUUUCACGCAUGAAAAGUUCGUUUCCAUCACCAGCAACGAGGAGUCUAUCAUCGCCCACAUCCAGCGCAGAAUGAUACGUCUGGGUCUGGACAAGUUCAGUGGGGAUGAGAAGUCCCGCCAUGGUGUACAAUUCCUGGUGGGUGCCGUCUUCAUAGGUUGCCGCACCACCAGCAACGGUUCUCUUGUAAUCCCGUACCCUAAGCACAAGCACUGCUUCUACAACAUCACAACUGGAAAGCUCUUCACCAUCGACUUUGAUCACCGCGACGGAAUGUUCGAUAAACACGAGGACAACCUCGAUGCUUCGAACUUCGAACACGUCUUGAGUGGACGGUAUCUCCGCGGCACCAUUUGA